AUGAGCUCAACUCCUCCCAACCCGCCUUUGGGCCGUACUCCCCCAGGAGGGCCGAAUGGGCCUUUCAUGGUGAGGCGACGCCCAAAGCCAGCCGAUCCGCUGGUUCGACCGAAGAAGCGGCCUAUUCCACGGCCGAUGGUGCCAGGCCAGAACCAUGGACAGGGACAGGGACUUGGACUUGGACAGGCUCGGCCUUCGACGACAAAUGGAACAUCAACUCUCCCUAUCCAGCCUCCUCGACCUCAAACAAGCGCGCCGUCACAACCCAAACCCAUCCCAAGCGCAGAUGACCUUACCACAAAUGGUUUCAGUGGACCGCUGCUGUCUGAGACCUACUCUGAUUACCCACUUGUUACCACAAAACGCGCGCUGCGGGAAGGGCUAAGACACCAUAUUGCGAAACUGGUAUCAAAGAAAAGUGUCGACCCCAGAGACGAGUCGCAGUUCACUCGCCCAGUACGACUACAGCGCCGGGACCCAAGAGCCACCGCCAGCACUACACCGGCUGCCAACGACAAGGAAGGUGAAAACGGCCGAAAGGGCUACCGGGACCCCAACCAUGGCUUGAAUGAAGCUGAACGCGAAGAGCUGGAAGCCAAAAAGGAAGCACGAGCCAAAGAACGCGAAGAUAAUCUGGCACAGAUCGCCCCCUCAGCUAGCUCAGGGCCCAAAAAGACGAAUGCGCCAAAACAGCGGACACAGCAAGUCUUCAAAUCGAUCGUGACGCCGGAGGAGGCCGCGAAAUCUCAGAUCAAGUAUGAAGAGGCACUGCCUUGGCACUUGGAAGAUUUUGAUAAUAAAAACAUUUGGGUUGGGAAGUAUGAAGCAGCCAUGUCGGAAACCUAUGCGACGUUUGUCCUGGAGAGUAGUGGAAAGAUGAGAAUGAUACCUGUUGAUAAAUGGUACAAGUUUACAGCCAAACAUCAGUUCAAGGCUUUGACUAUCGAAGAGGCUGAGAAACACAUGGCCAAGAAAAUUAGAGAUCCGAGGUGGUUCAUGGAAAAGGAGCAAGCUCGUGCCCAAGAGAGAGAACUUCAACAGUAUGCUAGACAGCGGAAAAUCUACACGGGACAAACUCGAACAGCCCCCGCAACAGACCGUUUCGAGGGUGAUGACAUGGACUUUGAUGAAGAUAGGUUUGCUGAUGACGAAGAGCAUGUCGGUUUGUUCGAUGAAGACGAGGACGCAAAGACGGCCGAAAAGCGCAUCAAACAAGACCAGCUGAAGGCGAACAUUUUUGAUCUCAAGGAAGAAAAAGACUACGAUGAAGAGGAACAUCAAGAAAAGAAGCACAAGGAAGACCUCAAAAGCUUUGGCAAGCAGGUUCGAAAGGCCCUGCAACGACGAGAAAAGAACUUCGACUACAGCAGUGGAUCUGAUGCUAAUCCUUACUCGGAUGAAGAGAGUACGGACGAAUCUGAGCUGGAACGCCAGAGGGAAGAGCAAAAGAAGUUAGAUGAAGACCCGAAACGGAAAGAAAAUCAAUCAGAUAAACCUUCUGGGUCGUCUACCAAGGGCACCAAUACCCCGUCAGGGCGACAUAAGCACUCUGACCCGCUGAAGAGGGCGCAGGCUGCUGCCCGGAAACGGCCAGGCUCCCCGAAUUUAUCUGACGCAAGCGGUACAGAUACAUCCCGCAAGAAGCCCAAAAACAAGCAUCUCUCUACCCAGCUCUCAACCUCUCAGCCUGCUUCCCGGCCCAUCUCUCCUGCCCCACAAGGCCAGAGGAAAGUGUCGGGUGCAAACAACGCAAACGAUGGCUCUAGUACCGGCCAGGCAGCAGCUGGCGCGAAGAAGCGUAUCCGAAAUGGCCCCGCCAGGGCUGGAUCAGCUAGUGAUGUUGAAAGGGCCGCGGCUUCGGGUGCAGAGAUGAGUGAUGGUACUCUUUCAAAGAGACUGAAACUUAACAUGCAAGGCGUGAAAUCGAAGGCGGGAACGCCAAUGGGUUCUCGUGCUGGAAGUCCCACCCCUGCAGGCAAGGCUAUGGGUGGCAGUCGAGCCAGCAGCCCUGAAAGCAACCGUGUCCUGACGUAUCUAGGCAUAUCUACUCCAUUAGGUUCAGGGUCAAGGCGAGGCUCGGUCUCUGGCACCAACGUGGCAGCGGGAGCACCCCCAGCCUCGUUCCCUACCGCCACUGAAAUACACGCUGCUAUCCCCGCUACCGGCAUACUGAGUAACGAUCUCUUGCGCAUGUUUCGAUCACGUCUUGGCAAUUCGAGGGAUAACCAUCGUAGGUUCAUUGGGAUAGUCAAAAAUGUUUCGGUAUUUGGAAAGGAGGAUAAACUAUUGCGACCUGGUGUUGUGAAGGAGCUUUAA